GACAUCAUACUCUUGGGCGACUACCAUCGCAACACGCUCCUAUGAUGGGACCGAAUAACGGCAAAUACGCCACCCUAAGUAAACAGUGCAAAACACUCGAAUCGAAUGAUUUCUACUGAGAAUCGCCUGCCUGCAAUAUGUCUGCAGGCAGCAAUAAGCUAGAUAAGAAACUGACAGCAUCAUCUGCAACACUUUCCGACAAAGAUCCGCGCGACAUCUCCAACAAUGGCUUCAAUCGCUUCGACCCGAAAUAUGUCAGCAUAGGACCCAAAGCAAUCCGCAACACGGUCAACAACGUAACGGCAAAUGUAAACAAGUGUGCGACGCUGCGUCACGGCGGACGUUACGGUGGUUCGCUUAGUGUUAGUGCCGGAAUGGGUGCUGGUGGUGGUGGUGGUCAUCACGCGGUAGCCGGCCUGGGUAGUGCCCGGUCGGGCACAAGCCCUAGCCCGAAUCUCAAAAAUGUUCAGCAGCCAAUGCUGAGCCAAAGCCAAACACAGCAAUACAAGCAACACCAUCCGGAUCGUCAGCUGUCGUCAUCGGGUGGCACAACUUCCAUAAUGACCGUUGACGGUGGAUCGGACCGUACCGAGCAAAAGCUUGCCAUUUCUACCGUGUCGAAAGAGUACAGCCAGCAAUCCUAUUCGUGUGCUACACUGCCGUACAAGAAGCCCGGAAGUGGCUACACCGAAACAACGACUGCACCGGCCACGGUAACCACAUCGAUACUGAAGAAGGAAAGCAAUCUUGAUAAUCAACAUAACCAACGUUACGCUCCAACGGUGUAUAGCAUCGACACUUCUGCCUAUCACCAUCAGAGGGAAGGCAGCGGUGGUGGUGGUUUUCAUCAUCAUUCACAAUCCUCACAUCAUCAGCAAUCGCUGGCACAGCAAACUCAGCAACUACAACAGUAUCACCAACAGCAGCAACAGCAGCAGCAGCAGCAGCAACAACAACAGCAGCAACAGCAGCAAACACAUCACAGAUCGCUGUCCAGCACAAAUCAGUUGUAUCAGGAAACGGGAGCCGGCUCAGUAUUCGCUAGCCCACCACCAUCGAUUGCGUCAACUGCAACGACGCGUUCCAAUGUGUCGAUCAUUAAUCAACCGCUGCCGGACAUACCGACCAGUGCUGGCGGUGGUGGCAGUAGCAGCACGGCGGGCAAUUCGAUCAAAAACAGCCAACAGCCACUGUGUGCUGCUACACUGAAUCAGUACCGUUCGCUGCAACGACCCCACAAACAGCAUACCGGUAGCAGCGGGCUGUCCGCCCUAACGACCUCAACGGGACUCGGCAAACCCACUAUUCCACCAAAGGUGACCCCACCGAUGUUGCCGCCGAAGAAUCGCCACAAAGACGAAUCACAGUACCAGAGUAAGUCGGCAGCAAUGGCGUCGGGCGGAUCCGUCGUAACCCCCCCUCCACUGCCAUCCUCAAGGCCACAACAACCAUUACCUCAACCACCACCGCCACCACCAACACAAGCGCAACACCAUCACCACAGUCAGGCCGGCGGACAGCAUGCCAAAUCUUCUUACGGUGGCAUGAGUAUAUCGAGCAAUUUCAAUGCCAUCCAGCAGCAGCUGCAGAAUCAGCUUCAUUUCAAGCAGUACCAUCAACUUACCCAGCAACCGUGGCAACGGGAACAGUUACCACAGCAGUCUGGGGCGAACGUUACGAGCAGUGGUACCUUUGGUAAUUACGAUCGACAGCAAGCGACCAGUCUCAGUUCUACCAGUCGCAAUCGUUCAUACUCGGGAGGAAGUAGCAGCAUCGAUCAGCCACUACCAUCGCACCCGAAACCGAGCAAUAUUGAGAAGGCCAAGAGCCAUCACCAUUCGUCGUCCGGUGCUACACCGGUGCCCAGUGGAGGUGGAUCAAUGGUGGCGAAUUAUCAGACGCUUCCGAAAAAUCACCAUCAUCAUCAUUAUCCGCAGCAGCAGCAGCAACAGCAAGCGCCACAGCAACAACAGCAACAACAGUACCUACAACAAGGUCAAUCGAGUUCGUUCGGUUCUACGAGCAGUGCUGGGCAACAUCAGCCACAACCGAAGAGCAUCCUCAGCAAAACACGUCCCAACGAAACGCGCGAACGGGAACAGCGUGAGCGUGAAAGAGAGCAACGGGAAAGGGACCGAGAACGGGACCGUGAUCAUCAUCGUGAACGAGAUCGAGAUCACCGCGAUCGAGAUCGAGAACGGGAUCGAGACAGAGAUCGCGAAAGGGAUCGAGACCGUGAUCGGGACAAGGAUCGGGAUCGUGAUCGUGACCGGCAUCAAGAUAGAGACCGGGAACGAAACAGAGACCGCGAACACCGUGAUCGGGAUCGGGACCGCGAUAGGGAUCGAGAGCACCGCGACCAUCGGGAUCGUGAGCGAGAAAAGGAACAGGACCGUGACCGUGACCGUGACCGUACCGAACGUAGUCACCAUCAUCGAUCUAGCCAUGAGUAUCAUCACGACUCAAGCCAUGGUACGCAGGCGAACAGCAAAAAUCCGAACGUGUACUACCGCUCGCUGCAGCGUGGCGGACUGCAAGCUAACAAUGAUCUGUACUCGGUGACAGAAUUGUGAGAAAGGUUUGAUUUUUAAGUUUGUUCUUAUGCAGCUUAAGUUCGACUCAAUCAUC